AUGACAAAAUAUAAUGGUACAGAUAAAGAAUUAGUGAAUUCAACAAGAAGCAGUAAAAAUAUAAAAAAAAAUGAAUUUUACAUAAAUAACAAUAAUGAAAUUAAUAGUAAUCAUGAUAAUAAUAAUAAUAAAGAAGAAAAUUACUCCAUUACAAAGGAAAGAUAUUACACAACUGAAAAAGGGAAAAAUAAAAUAGAUAGAUCAUAUAAAAAUUAUAAAAGAAAAAGAUCAAAUUAUAAAUAUAGUCAUAGCAUUAGUACUAACAGUAAUUUCAGUUUAAAAAAAAAAAAUGAAUUUAAAGAUAGUAUAUCUUUGGAUUUUAAAACUACGAAAAAAGAUAAAAAGUAUAAAUUAAGAAAUAAAAGAAGUGAUUCAAAUUUUAGUUUUUAUAAUAAAUCAAGUAGAUCUUACACAAAUAGUAAUUUUAAUAGAUCUAGUUAUCUAAAUUCAAUAAAAAGCUCACUAAAUAAAAAAAAAAAAAAAUAUGACUAUGAUAGAAGAUAUUCCAAAAAAUCUAAAUACAAAUAUGAGGAAGAUAUUGAUAAGGAAUGCAAAGAAUCACAAUAUAAAGAUUCUAUUUAUUAUAAAAAGAAAGAAUUAAAAAAAAGAAAAUUGAACAAUUUUGUUGAUUAUAAAUAUAAAUAUUCAAUUUCUUCUAAUGAUAAAAUUAAUUUAAAGGAAGAGUAUUAUGAAAAUUCUUCUUUUGAUAAAAUUGGUCAUAAUAUUUAUAAAAAAAAUGAUCACUAUUCUGAUUUUAAAACAAACUAUGAUAAAAAAUAUGUAAAUGAAUAUAAAAAAGAAAAAAAUAAAAUACCUUAUGAAAAAUAUGAAUCUAAUUCAUCUAUAGAAUCCAAGUAUAAAAACAAUUCAUAUAGUGAUUAUAAAAAGAGACAAAAAUAUUAUGAGUAUAAAAAAAAAAAAUAUAGAAGAAGAAAAAAAAGAAGCAAAAGUAAAAAAAAUUAUUAUAAAAUCCAAGAAAGUGAUUUAGAAAAUAAAGAUCAAAGUAUGUAUGAUCACAAUAAAAAAAAACGUUCCUAUAACUCGAGUGGCUAUUCCUAUGAGGCAAAAGGAAAAUAUGAAGAUAAGAUGUUGGACGCGAAUUAUAAAAAAAAAAAAACAAUAGAUGAGAAUGAACAACAUUAUUAUGAUGAAAAGGAAGAUAAAAAAGAGAAGUUAAAUGAAAAGGGAUAUAAAUUAAGCUUUGAAUCAAAAUACAAAUAUAAUGAUAAAACUUCUUUAUCAAAUUCAAGGGAUUAUAUGUUUUAUGAAAAGAAAAAAAAAAAGGGAAUACUUGAGAACAAUUUAAAUAAAUUUCAUAACACUUCUGCUUCUGAUAUUAAUUCUUUGAAAAUAAAAGAUAAAAUGGAGAAUAAAAAAGAUUAUGAAAGUGAAGAAAUAAACAAAAAUCAAGAAAAUUUGGAAAAUAAAAAAGAACAAACUUAUUUAGAAGAAGAAAUAAAAAAGGAAGCUAUUUUAAGGGAGGAAUUUUUAAGUCAAGAUCAAAAUGAGAAAAGGAUUUUAAAAACAAGCGAAGCAAAAAAUGAAUAUGAAAGGGAGAAGGAAGAUUAUAAUAAUGAAGAAAAAACAUACUAUGAAAAUUACACAAAAGGCUAUUAUUAUCAUAAACAUAAAAGAGAAAGUUAUAAUAAAUAUCAUGAUCAAUUCAAUCAUAAUAAGCAUAGUGAAAUUUCAGAAGAAGAAAAUUAUGAUGGUAAAUAUUAUAAUAAACACAACGAUCAAUAUGAUGAUGAAAACUGCACUAAUAAAUAUUAUAAUUAUAGAAAACUUAGUAAUCAUUAUGAAAAUGAAAAUUAUGAUAAAUAUGAUUAUAAUUAUUAUAGUGACUAUUCAAAUAAACAUAAUUCACAAGAAAAAAAGAUAGAAUAUGUUAAAAUUAAAAAUAAGAUUAUAAUUGAUUUAGCUCCUGAUGCUAAUUAUAAAAAUUGGUUAAAUUAUGAUUCAGAUUCCUCUGAUGAAGAAAAGAAUUAUAUUCAUCUUAAAUUUAAAAAUUCAUCUGUACGAAAUUUUGUUUUAUACAGUGAAUAUGAUAAUAAAAAAGUAAAUUAUAAUGAAUUUGAUGACAUAUGUAUUAAUAAAUUUGUCACACAUUCUUCUGAUAUAAAAAGUAACAAUCAAAGCAUCAUAGCACCAAAAGAUACUUAUGAAAAAAAGAAUAUACAAAAUAAGGAAGAUAACUUUAAUAUAAUAAAUAGUAAUAUAAUUGAAAAAGAGAGUUUGCAUAAUAAGGAGUCGAUGUCUAUUGAUUCAGAGAGAUAUAUAUAUGAUAAUGGUUAUGAUAAUGAAAAAGAUAGAAAUAUUGCUAGUACCGAUCAUGAUCAAAAUAAAUCAAAAUUAAAUACUUCAUUGAACAUGGUUUUAAACAAAGAAAACAAAUAUUAUAAUAAAAUAAAUAUUAAAAAUAAUUUAGUAGACGAAAAAAAAAUUGAAAUAGAUUUUAAUAACAGUGACAGUAAAGUUCUUCAAAAUGAUAAAAACAUUUUUGAAAGUGAAUUAAAGCUUAAUUCAGUUGAUUAUUCGCAUAUUAUGAAUAAUGAAAAAUCAUUUUUAUUUAAAAGAGAUGACAAUAAUUAUUUAAAAAUGGAUGCAAAAAACCUUAGCACUAUCUCUCAUAGUAAAUAUGAAAAUAAUGUAAAUAUUGAUAAUAUUUUAGAAAAAGAAAAUGAAAAUGAUAUAAAUAAAAAAAAAGAAAGUAACACACAGAACAUUAAAUUAACUGAUAUAAAUUUAUCACAAAAUAAUGAAGAGAUUAACGUAAGUAUUAUGAAGGAAUUAGAAAGUAUUCCCAAUUAUAUAAAUAAUUUAAUAAAUAAUAUGAAUAACACAUAUGAAAUAAAUGAAAGCAUUGAUAUGUUAAAUUUAAAUACGGCGAAAUCUUUUCGUAUUCCCAAAAUUUUCAAUAAGGUUAAUCAAAUGACCAGUACUCAGAAUUUUUUGAAAUUUUUAGAAAAAAGAAAAGAAGCAAGUCAAAAGUGGAAAUUUAUUGCAAGAGAUAUUUUACGUGAAGAAUUUAAAAUUUUAUUUCAUUCAAUAAAUUAUGAUAUUAAUGAAGCCAAAAUUAAUUAUUUAAUUAAUUCUCUUAAAUCUAUUUAG